UUCUCUGUUAUUCUCUCUCUCUCCCUCUGCCUGGUGGGUUUAUUGCCUCCUGAAGGGUUAGGCCGAUGGAUUUUGCCGGUCUGGAGACGGUGGUGGCGAACUCAGCCUAUCUGGCAGCCAGGGGCAGUAUCGAUAGUCACUUGGCGUUUGCCAUGCAGGACAGAAGGAUGAGGGCCCGCCUGAAGUUGCCCCCAGUGUCUCAGUGCCAGCCCACUGAGGGCAAGAUGGACUUGACAUUUGAGAGCAUUUGCUGCCGGCAACCCGUGGGCAAGAGGCUGUUCCAGCAGCACCUGAGGAGCACCGAGCAGUUCAAGAUGGCCGCUGGGCUGUGGCAGGUCAUGGAGGACUACAACAGCAGGCCGGAGGAGGCCGAACACAUCCCGCUGGCCCUGACCAUCAUCCACCAAUACUACGAUCCAGACUCCCGGGAUUUCUGCUCCUUCCUGAGUGAGGAGGCCAUCGCACGGGUGCAUGAGGGCGCGAGGUUCGGCAAGGCUGACCUGUUCCGGGAAUCGGAGCAGCAGCUCCUGAGCUACCUGGAGGCCCAGGCCUUUGAGGGCUACAAGACCAGCCAAUUCUUCCAGCGCUUCCUGCAGUUCAAGGGGCUGGAGGGACAGCCGGUCGGAGAGGAGUGGUUCGCCGACUUGCGGGUCCUGGGCAAGGGGGGCUUUGGUGAGGUGUGUGCCUGCCAGAUGAGGGCCACAGGAAAACUCUACGCCAACAAAAAGCUCAACAAGAAGCGGCUGAAGAAACGCAACGGCCAUGAGGUAGGCAGCAGGUGAUCAGAGACUGGGCUUUGAGGUGGGUGCAGCUUGGACC